CUGUCUGUCAGAUAAACAAAUAAAAUCUUGAAAACAAACCAGCCUAUCCCCAGCAUCCAGGGGGCAAACAGCAGAUAUUUGCCAGGUUCCAGAAGGCCUGACAAACCCUUCAGAAACCCAAUAGCCGACAGAUGGUAGACACCUUUGACUUUCGGGAAAGUGCAGUCAGUCCCCUUGCCGGCUCUGUUCCUGUCCUCUCAGACGGUCACCUUCCUGGGCCUGUUGCUCCCCUCCUGUGUGCAGGCGACCAGGACGGGCAGGGCCGCCGGCAGGACGGAGUCUCAGUUGCAGGUUGUUUGUGAAGUGGGCUGCUCUCCGGGAGGGCGUUCUCGCGUCCGAGGGAGGCUGAUUCGGCGGUGCCCGCCGUAAGGGCCGUGAUACGAGAGGCUGGACCCCAGCAGCCGCUCGGAGGGGGUAGUGUGGGGUCAGAAAGGAGCGAAGAGGCUGUCAUGCGGCUUCUGAGCGGGGGCUGGGCCUGCUCGGGCAAAGUGCCGCAGAGCCAGCCCGGCGGAGAAAGUCAGCUGGACCGUGGUCCCAGCCAGGCUCGACUGCUGGCUCUGACACCAGCGGCACAGAAGCUGGUGGCACAAGGUGGGAGAAGUGCAGGCUGCCCAGUGGAGGUGGACGGCAAUCGGCGGGCACGGGGGCCACGUCGGGGUUUCUCCUGGAACGAAGAUCCCCAGCGUCGAGCCGGCAGGAGCCUGGAGCAAGAAGACAUCUUUGAGCGGCGCCAUGCAGACGGGAAGGUUUCAGGGGAGUGGUGCGGUCUGCUGCAGGGACGGCUUGCUGGAACACCGGGGAGACAGGCAGAGUCUGGCGGUGGCGUGAGUGUUGGGUCGGUUCUGGUGCGGCUGGAAGGAUGUAGCCACCCGGUUGUCAUGAAAGGCUUGUGUGCCGAGUGUGGCCAAGACCUGACCCAGCUGCAGAGCAAGAACGGGGGGCAGCAGGUGCCUCUGUCCACAGCCACGGUGUCGAUGGUGCACAGCGUCCCCGAGCUCAUGGUGAGCUCCGAGCAAGCUGCGAAGCUGGCAAAGGAGGACCAGGAGCGGCUGCACCGGAACAGGAAGCUGGUGCUCAUGGUGGACCUGGACCAGACGCUGAUCCACACGACAGAACAGCACUGCCAGCAGAUGUCCAACAAAGGCAUCUUCCACUUCCAGCUGGGCCGGGGCGAGCCGAUGCUGCACACCCGCGUGCGCCCGCACUGCAGGGAGUUCCUGGAGAAGAUCGCCCGGCUGUACGAGCUGCACGUCUUCACGUUCGGGAGCCGGCUGUACGCCCACACCAUCGCAGGCUUUUUAGACCCCGAGAAGAAGCUUUUUUCUCAUCGAAUAUUAUCAAGGGAUGAGUGUAUUGACCCAUUUUCUAAAACGGGGAACCUCAGAAAUCUCUUUCCCUGUGGAGACUCCAUGGUUUGCAUUAUUGAUGACCGAGAAGAUGUCUGGAAGUUUGCCCCCAAUCUGAUCACCGUGAAGAAAUACGUCUACUUCCAGGGCAUAGGGGACAUCAACGCCCCCUCUGGGUCUCGGGAGUCCCAGGCGAGAAGGAAAGUAACUCCAUCUCCGAGAGGGGCCGACGUUCCAGAACAAGCUCUAUCUGUCAGGGAGACCGAGGAGAGCCGGCCAGGCUCUGGGGUUGAGCAGAGUAAUGGUCUUGGGAAGCCCACGAGGGAACUCAACGGGAGCGCUUCUGCUCGGGGGGACUGGCCCCUGCCUGGGCAGGAGGAGGAGAGAGGCAGUCGACCCACGGCCCGUGGCCCCGUGGCUGACGGCAGGGGGCCCCUUGUGUGUGCUCAGCAGCCUGAUCGGACACUGCCGGAAAAGCGGGCUGCUCAGGGCACAGCAGGCGGUGACCUGGACUUUGACCUUUCCAGUGACAGCGAGUCAGACGCCCAGUCAUUGUCUGACGGUGAAAGUGGGGAGAAGAGGAGCCUGGAAAGGCCUCAGGGAGCACAAGGUGCAGGGAAGGUGGUACAGCGGGGCGGCCCACCCGGCCCAGGAGGGGAGAGGCCAUGCGGAGAGCCGGCCCCGGGCCUGCACCCCGACAUGCAGGAGGAGGGUGAGCGGGACGGCCUCUGUGGGCUGGGCGGCGGCUCUGCCGACCGGAAGGAGGCUGAGACCGAGUCACAGAACAGCGAGCAGUCAGGUGUCACAGCAGGCGAGUCCCUGGACCAGAGUGUGGAGGAGGAUGACGAGGACGAGGAUGACGGGGACGGGGACGACCACCUGGUCCACCUGGAGGACAUCCUCGCCCGAGUGCACUCUGACUACUACGCCAGGUACGACCGGCAUCUCCUCGGGGACAGCCCGGAGGCCCCCGACAUACGGAAGAUUGUCCCGGAGCUCAAGAGCAGGGUGCUGGCCGACGUCGCCAUAAUAUUCAGUGGGCUGCACCCGACGAACUUCCCGAUCGAGAAGACGCGGGAGCACUACCACGCCACCGCCCUCGGAGCCAAGGUCCUCACGCAGCUGGCGCUGGACCCCGGCAGCCCCAACAGGGCCACCCACUUGAUCGCGGCGAGGGCAGGCACGGAGAAGGUGCGCCAGGCCCAGGAGUGCGGGCAGCUGCACGUGGUCAACCCCGACUGGCUGUGGAGCUGCUUGGAGCGCUGGGACAGGGUGGAGGAGCAGCUCUUCCCGCUCAGGGAUGACUACGGCCGAGUGCAGAGGGAGGAUGGCCCAGCAGCCUUUCCCGACAGGCAGGGCGCACUACCGGCUGCCUUGUUCCAGCCGACGCCUGUCCAUCCCCGGGCCCAGGCUGGGCCGGAAGUUCGCAUCUAUGACGCCAACACGGGCAAGCUCAUCCGGAAAGGCGCUGCGGGCCCCGGGCCCCCUGGCUCCCUGGCAGUGCACGCGGAGCACUCCUCCUUCAGAGUGGUUCAGCCGCCGCGGCAGACGCUUGCUCAGGAGCUGCCCGACCGCCGACCCGGAGAGCAGCCCGGCCCCAGUGGACGGAAGCGACAGCCCAGCAUGUCAGAGACAAUGCCGCUGUACACGCUGUGUAAGGAGGACUUAGAGAGUAUGGACAAAGAGGUGGAUGACAUCCUAGGAGAGGGCAGUGAUGACAGCGACAGUGAGAAGAAGAGGCCAGAGGAGGAGCGGCAGGAGCGGCCCCCACCCCGGGAGCCCCAGGCCACGCUGCAGGCCACGCCUUGCGGGGAGAGGACCACCACAGGCAGCCGGGGGCCCAGGGGCCACAAGCGUAAGCUGCCCGAGGAGGACGCCGGCAGCGUGUCCAGCGGGGAGUCCAGCGGGGAGGACGAGGAGGGCAGCAGCUCGGAGGCGGAUGAGAUGGCCGCGGCGCUUGAGGCAGAACUCAACGACCUCAUGUGACCUGUGGGGCACAGGGCGGGCGGGCGCUCCGUCCCCGCAGGGCUCCAGCAGCGUCGGCCCUCAGAUGUUCUCUCUUCUCCAGAAAGACGUGUGUAUUUGCGGAGCUCCACAUACAGAACCACAUAAUUUUGCAGAAAUAGGUGUUUUUAGAGGUUUUGCUAUGGAAAGUCUACUUUUCUAAGGGACGGUGUCCCGGGAGGCGGGGUGCCGCCGAUGUCGCCGCCCCCUGCACAGCCUGGUGCGGAUCGGGCAGGCGGGACGCGGGCGGCAGCCAGAGUGCACAGUGGGGGCCGGGCGGCGGGGGGCGCGGGGUCCUCCCCCGGGACUCAGGUGUAAAGUUUUGUAUAUCGAUCUCGCGUUGACCCACCGAGCAGAUUUCUCUUUCACUGAAUAAAACUCCUUUUUGUAAGUUUGUUCUGGUGCGCUGCAGCAGGAGCGGCUGGCGCCCGGCCUUCCCCGCGGCCUGGGGGGCCGAGAGCGCUGCGCGUCCAGCCGCUGCGGGUGUCGCUGGGAGAACAGACCUGCCUCAGUCCUGCAGGCCGUCCCGUGGGACUGACUUCGCGGUACUUGGAGCGAGGCGUUGAGAACGCGGAGGGUCUCCGUCAUUGGCCGCUCUCAGGUGACAAGCGCUGGAUCUGAGAUACCCCAGGACCCCAGGCAGCUCCGAGCCUAUCCGAGAAGCUGGAGAACGGUUCAUCACACGGCGUGUCCCCCACACAGCCUGAUGGUACCUGGUCCCUGGCGCUGGGUCCGGGUCUGACCCGUGGGCCCUUGCGUUCAUGCAGCUCCAGGAGGAGCUGGUACAGCGCCCAGAGAUUUCUGGGUGCGAGCCUUGGUCACGCUGCCCGUGGGGGUGGUCUCACCACCUCCUCUGAGAUGGCCCGUACAGCACCUCCUGUCAGCGGCGGACUCUGGGCUGCAGGUGACCCGGCAUGUGUUCGUGAACCUCGGCAACAGUCUGAGGUGUUGCUCAAAGACGCUGUUGGCGGAGUGCACCUUCUCCAGCAUAGAUCAGCUGCGCGAGCCUCUCCUCCCCAUUUUCUGGACCACUCGCGGAGUCCGCGGUAACAGGCUGGGUUAAGACUGUGUGCCGUGCGCACUGCCUUCGAGCGCAGGUAACAGAAUCACGGCUCUGCUCAGGUAACCGUGCCAUGAUACUCACUUGUCGGAGAAGCGAUGGACGGAGCUUCAGGUACAGCUGGUUCUAGGUGUUCACUGGCCACUCAGGCAUCAUUAAGAACCUGAAUCCCCCUCCAGGAGUUUGGGCUAUCGCUCUGCUACUUGCACUCAGUGGGUCUUCACACAAUGGGGCAUGAUGCUCAGAUCCCGUCUGCACGUCUGGUGCCGGGCAGGGGGAGUGUGGGGGUGUCACCCUGCGCACAGGAUGGGCGGGCGGGCAGGCACACGUCCAGCAAUCGAGGCACCGCCGUGGCCGUGUUCUCCAGGAGGUGAGCGUAGCUGUUGAUUUCCUCUCUCCGCAACGGCAGUAAGGGCGGUGUGCAGGGCCUGGCGUGGGAAGGAGGAGCCUCUGUAACGCGCACCGCGAUGCAGACCCGGAGGCAGGGCAGCGGUGCUGAAGCGCAGAAGCUGGAGGUUUCCGCCUUAAACGCCAGACAGCCUCAGGCCAUGGUUUCUGAAAGGGCUCGGGUGCUGAUCGGUAGCUGUGAUAAAAAGGGUGUGAGCAGAGGCCGUGGGGCUGGCCCUGGGCUGCUGCCGGUAGGCACAUGUGGGUGACCUUGUGGGCUCCCGAGUGGCAGGUGGGGGCCCUGCGCACCCAGGAGGGUGGGGACAGAAGUAGUGUCCUUCUCGGGUGGUUGGGCCCCUUCCUGCAGGUCCUGGAGGGAGACAAGGCCACUCCUCAGUGCUCAGAUACCCCGGUAUCCCAAGCACCCCAGUAAGCAACGGGAAAAUGACUGUGGCCGGAUUUGAGGGAAAGACCCGGACCUGGUGUUACCAGGAAGGAAAAACCACAGCCUUGGGACCACGAGAAGCUGGUCUGGGGAGGGAAGGCGAGGCCCAGCCGUAAGCUAAACUGAGCAGGAGAACACACAGGUCGGCCAGUUGUUGCCACGAAGGACGCCCGUGUCGUGAGUUCAGCUGCUAGGCCGGGGCCGUGACGCUGCUCGGGCUUCUCCCGCAGCCUCAAGGUGCUCGACUCUCUGCCAGGUGGUGGUUUCCUCUGGGCGCCGGGAAUUGACUUGGCCGGGAGCAGGCGUCCACGUGGGGACGUGCCCUGUGGGACAGCUGGGCAGGAACACGGCUGGGGGUGCCCUCGAUGGCCUGCCCCAACCAUCUGGCCUUCGGUGUACUUGUUUCAUAACGUGUCUGUGCCCUAAAUGAACAAAACUACCUUUUAAACAGACUCCAGCCCUCCUGCCCCCGGGAGCCUGGGUGGGGGAGCUGUGGGGCUCAGGGCCUCCCCCGCUGCAGCAGAGGGGUGGUGGGUGGGGGAGCGGGCUGAGGCUGUGGGUGGGACCGGCGACUGCCGUCUGCUCAGGGGACACAGAGCCUGUGCGUCGUCUUCCGAAGCUGCAACAGGAGACUCAGCCGCUUCCCUGCAUGUCAGGUUGGGAGCUCUGUGGUCCGGAGAAGGGCCGUAAGGAGAUGUGUGCUGGGGAAUGGGAAGAGAGGUCUCUCGGUCCACAAGAAACCUUUGCACGAGUAGGUAAUAAAUUCUAGGCCGUUUAUUUACAAACAUUGAAAAAUCAAACUGGAAAUUCAAUGAAAUUUUUCUUCUGUGGGAAAUAGAAUGUUGAAAUUUUGCGUGACUGUGAGUGGAUCUCCCGUCCUGAGUUUUUCAUGUUUCCAAACAGCCCUGCCCCUACCCGGUCUGCAGGCCAUGUCCGGCAGGGGGCACGGAGUCGGGGCCAAGCGGGGACCCCUGCUCCCUGCUCGGCACCGGCCGAGGCUCUGGCCCGGAGGGUUUGCCACUCCGAACGCACUGGGACUUGCACAGCUGUGCACGGGAAGCUUCACGGCGUGGAGUCGUGUCUGUGAAGCCCGGCGCCUGUGCUUGCCUGCGGGUGUGCGCUCGUGCAAGGCCGCAGCCUGGUUUGUACGCACAGCUUUCUGUCCUGAAAGUGCCUCGCAGCUGGAAAACCAGUACCAAGGAGGAGACGAGACACACCCUCACGCCCCCCGGGUCUCACGGUCACACAACAGCCUUUUCUGUACUUGGCUGAAAUCGUUUCCCUUGUUUUUUAAAAUUAAUCUCAUUGCAACCUUUUAACAUACACACAUCAAAGAGGAAGAAAAAUAGCUAGAAUCCUGGCACUAAAUUUAACCACAUUAACAUUUCAAUGUGCUGUUUUAGUCCAUUUAUACAUAUUAUUUUAAUAGACUGUUUUUUUAGAGCAGAACUGAGGGGAAGGUAUGGAGAUUUCCCAUCGUCUUCUGGCCCCCUGAGACAUGCACGGCCUCCCCAUUAUCCGUAUCCCCCGGCAGGGUCGUGCGUCUGUGUCGAUGAGCCCACACGGACGCGUCCUUGAACAGAGUCGUGGUUUGCGUUGGGGUAACGUGGUGGGUGUUCUGUGAGUCCAGACAAAUGGAUGACGUCGUGAACCCACCAUCACAGCACCGAACAGUGGUUUUGCUGCCCUGAAAGUCCUCUACGCGCUCGCUCCCUCCCUCCUAAGCCGUCCCCCGGCGACCUCCGAGGCCCCUCGGUGCCUGUGGUGGUGCCUUUUCCAGGACCCCGAGCGUGCAGCUCCGCAGACCGGCCUCCCCUACCGGGGGACACGCACUCGGUGCCUCCGUGUUUCCAUCUAACCCAGCGCCCAAAUCCAGACUCAGAAAUUUCUAGAGACAGACAAGCUGGUUCCUUUAAAACAUAAUUUCUAAGGGGGAAAAAAGGAAGAAAUGGAGGGACCCUAAUGGUUAAGGAGCCAAGGAGCGCACCAGCCGCUCCCCGCAUGGGGCUUGUUUGGGUCGCGAUACAAACCAACGGCAAGGGGCAGGCACGUGGCCUGACAACGCGGCCUGGGUCCGCGACUCGACCGUCGCUCGUGAGAGGACGAGCUUUCUUGAGAGUCCGUAGUUGUCAGGAACUUCCUGAAGGAGAUGCCUGGGAUUCGCGCCAGACGGACCCACACAGUGGGAGAGACGGGGGUCGGGAUGCGAGCGCUGUCCCCGUGCUUCCGAGCUGACGCUCAGCCUUCCGCACGUCUGCAGUGUCCCCUGCCGAAGGGCGAGCUGCGGGGACGUCAGACACGCACAGAGACACCCCCACCCCCCACUGAGGCGGCCGGCACACAGCCACGGCCCCACCGUCUUUCCAAGUAGGUUUGGGAGCGUUUGCAGCGAAGAGCAGGAGGGCGGCGCGUUGGUGGUGGUCGCUGCAGGGAAAGUCUCCACACGAACUUGUGUGCGGACGCCUUCUCCGUGGGCAGAGCAGCUGCCCCGCGCCGCAAAAUUUGCCCCUAUUUGGCUCCAAAGGGAGACCCUCUUGUCUUUUUUAACCACAGUUUCACGAUCCUCGUGAUUUGAGUUCUGGUGUGUUGUGUGCGGCCUGAGAAGGUAAGUUGGGCUGCCCGAGCCCUCGCGGACCCGAAAGCCGUCUUCGCCGCGCCGCACCAGUCCUCCUGGCUUUAGUCAUCGCCGACACUGGCCCGUCCCAACCGGGUCAGGGCGCGCGGACCCCGAGGCACGCCGAGCCCCACCCACUGUCCCGCCCUUUCCUCCCGGAUGC